AAUGCAACAGCUGUCAACGGAGGCGUUCUUCUUCCAAUCCCCCCAAACUCCACUAAAAACAAGUUUCUCUCAUCUCCGACGUCCCCAAAGUCCUCCGUCCGUCCAUCCAUCCAUCCAUCCAUCUCAUGGAAUCCGCCGCCGCCGCCGCUACCUCCGGCUCCGCCGGCGGCGGCCCUGCCCCCUUCCUCAUCAAGACCUACGACAUGAUCGACGACUCCUCCACCGACGACAUCGUUUCCUGGAGCUCCUCCCACGCCAGCUUCGUCGUCUGGAACCCUCCCGAGUUCUCCGCCCGCCUCCUCCCUCUCUUCUUCAAGCACAACAACUUCUCUAGCUUCAUCCGUCAGCUCAACACCUACGGGUUCAGGAAGAUCCAUCCAGAGCGGUGGGAGUUCGCGAAUGAGGAAUUCAUUCAAGGCCAGAAGCAUCUGCUUAAGAAUAUUCACCGCCGGAAGCCGAUCCACAGCCAUAGCCAUACGCCAGACCAAGAGCGGGCGGCGCUGGAGGAGGAGAUCGAUCGGCUUUCCCGUGAGAAGACCGCUCUCCAGGCUGAUCUAUGCCGAUUCAGGCAGCAGCAGCCAGGGAUGAAGUCCCAACUCGAUGGUCUCGAUCAACGACUCCAUGAUAUGGAGCAGAGGCAGGAGAAGAUGAUCUCUUUCAUCCAAAGAGCCAUUCAAAACCCUACUUUUAUGGAAACUCUUGUGAAGAUGGCUGUUGCUGGGUCCAUGGACUUCUCGGCGAUUCACAAGAAGCGAAGGCUGCCCAAUGAUAAUAGUUACUAUGAUGAUCACAGUACUACUUCGAAGAAUGAAGUUGUCGGGCAUGUUUUUCAUAGAUAUUUUAGUGAUAAGUUGAAGUUGGAGCUCUCCCCGGCAAUCUCUGAUUGCAAUCUGGUGUCUGCCUGCACGCAUAGCUCGAAUGAGGAUCAGGAGAGCCCAGUACAGCAUGAGAAAGUGAUGAUUGAGGGUCUCCCAUUAGUGCCUGAGACCGUUGAGCUCUCUGACACUGGCACCUCCUUCUGUUCGAGGAAGAGUGUUUUAUUCUCAAGCACGGUUGAGGAUGGGGAUGGGCUCAUGCCAUGCCAUCUCAAUCUCACUCUUGCAUCUUCUUCAAUGCAAGUGGAUUCGAAUCAGUUUCCGAGCAGGACUAUGAGUUUGGAGGAGCAUAGUGCUGGAAAUGGCAGUGUACUGAGGAUGAGCAAUGAAGAAAGAGAUGAGGGUUUUAGUAGAGAAAUUAGGAAGAAUCAGGAUAAUCUUGGUGAUUCUGGGGAAAAUCAACAGAGUAAUAAUCAUGCUCCCGCUGCUCCUCCUGCUCUUGCUGCUACGGGAAGAGUGAAUGAUGUCUUCUGGGAGCAGUUCCUGACUGAAAGGCCCGGCUCUUCAGAAGUGGAGGAAGCAAGCUCUAAUGCACGGACAAAUCCUAGUGAAGAACAGCUUGAAGAGAGAUCGCCCAGGAAUGAAAGCAUGUGGAAAAGCACGAAAGAUAUGGAGCAGCUGACCCUUUGAACCACUCAGACGUUUUGGACGCUUGGCUUUGUAAAAUGAGGUACAUAUAAGCUUCUGAAAUAUUGCAACUUCUGUACUAUAUCCAUCUAAUGUUAUACUUGCGGCUGUUGCAGAACUCAAUAUAAUAGAAGGAUAUGAUUAGCUUGUAGAGAAAUACUUUAGUUUUUGUCAAAUAGCUCCUUAUGGAUGGCUAGUGUUUGAUCCUUAAUGUAUUAAAUGCAAUAGUGUUUGAUUCUUAAUA